UAAAUGAAUAUUACUGUUAAUAAGCAGUCACUCAAUUUCCGUUUUCCCUGUGCAUGCAGCGCUUGAUUACAAGAUUAUUCAUUUAAUUUUUGCUGACAUUUAAGGAAAUUAGUUAUACCUUUCGCGUUGGGUUUUCCUUCAAAAAAAGUUCAGAUAAACACUGAUGUCAAUCUUCGGUUGUCUGCAUGCCUGCAAAUUUGCGUCAUCCUUUUUUUAUAGAAUUUUUCUUUAUUUUCAUGCAUUCAGAAAUUUCUAUUGAAUCAUUUCUUAAUUGUGGUUUUUUUGUUACAUCUUAAAGUAAUUUUGCUAGCUGUUAAAUGCUAUGUGUAACUUUUGCUGGAAGAAUAUAUGUAUGAAAAAAACAAUCAGAAAUUUGAUGAUUACAAUUUAUUCAUCAGUUUACUCUUCAUUUCCCUCUUUGAUGUAUUAUUUUUUCUAUUUUCAGUUACAGCUUUCAUAUCCAUCAUAAACAGUCACGUGUUUUUUUAUAAACAGUUGUUGCAGUAAUCCUUGCAUAAGUAUCCAUAUGAAGUUGAAAUGCAUCGUUUAUUCAAUACAAUUGAGAAUGACCCCUAAUUGCUAUCUCUCUGUAUUGCUAAGUUUGAUGUAGGAAAUGAUAAUAAGGAGUAUCUUUAGGAGAUAUGAGAGGUGGAAUCCCGUGCAUCCAACAUCCGGAGCCUUUUGGGGCGUGGGGGUGGGCAUUGGUUGCGGCAUAGGAUGGGGUCCCGGCUUUGGACACGAGGUGGUUGGUUAUGUUGGAGCCGGCUGUGGUGCUGGCUUUAGCGUUGGGAUCACUUUUCUUGGCUUCGGAAUUGGCCUUCCGGCUAACUACAUCUUACAGCUCCCUUCUAGCGCUGUUAAGGUUACAACGAGAGGAGCGUGGGAUGUUGCUCGGGCACUUGGGAAGAGGGGUCUUGAAACUGAUGGCUGGGCUGGGAUUAGUUCUAACAUCUCUGAAGUACUACAGAAUCCGUAUCAGUAUGCGCCUUUUUCCUCCUUCAAGGCUGGAAAUUGGAAGGAGAAUAUUGUAGAUUUUGAUGGCAUAAAAAGUUCAGUGGCUUCAAAUGCUAAGCAGAUCGCAGAUUGCUUUCAAAGAGUCGGGGGGCGCUUCAGUCCUUCGGGUGGAACUGGAUAGAUGUCGACUUUCUUCCAGGUUCGAAGAGUUUAUAGCAUCAACUACCGUCAAAACGACUUCCCCUUGAGACUGGUUCGUGCCCGUGUCUGUGUCCAUACUGUUUUUGUAGCGGUGAAUAUGUGUAUCCACGAGAGAAAAGUUCUCCAAAUUAUUAAGUUUUUAGUGUGAUAUGAGAUGUAUAAUGAUGUUCUUGAGGGAUUUGAUGUUUAUGAAAAUAUAAACAUACAGCCCAAAGGAGAAUAAUUGUAACGGAUGCCCGAAAUGUGAUGCGGUGCAAGGGGUGGUGCUGCCGGGGUAAGCCUGACCAGGAGUCAUGGCUUGGCUGGCAUCCCUGUUGCGGUAUGUGGUGCGGAUCAAACGGUCAUGUGCACAAGCUCGGGCGCCCCACAUUUUAUUUAUUGUUACUUCUCACCGA